UGCCUGAAAUUAAACAUGAAAAGUGCAGAAAGCAGGCGAAGAACAAAUCGCAGCUGCAACUGUGAUAAUUGUUGCAGGAUUUGGAAUGCCUUGACUGAUAAUUAUGGUAACGUGAUGCCAGUUGACUGGAAGUCUUCCCACACCAGAGCUUUGCACUUGCCAACACUGAAUCUUUCAGAAAAAGGGGUAAAUGACAACUUGAACCUUGACUUGUCAGAUGAUGAAGAGCUGAGAGAGCAGCUGGAUAUGCAUUCUAUCAUUGUUUCCUGCAUCAAUGAAGAGCCACUCUUCACAGCAGAGCAGGUGAUUGAAGAAAUAGAGGAAAUGAUGCAGGAAUCGCCUGAUCCAGAGGAUGAUGAAACACCCACCCAAUCAGAUCGGCUCUCUAUACUUUCCCAGGAAAUUCAGACCCUCAAGAGAUCCAGUACAAACAACAGCUAUGAAGAGAGAGUGAAAAGAUUGUCUGUUGCUGAAUUAAAUGAACUGCUAGAAGAAAUUGAGACUGCUAUUAAGGAUUAUUCUGAGGAACUGGUACAGCAGCUGGCUCUACGAGAUGAGUUAGAGUUUGAGAAGGAAGUGAAAAACAGCUUCAUUUCUGUCCUCAUCGAAGUACAAAACAAACAGCGAGAACACAAAGAAACAGCAAAGAAGAAAAAGAAGCUGAAAAAUGGCAGUCCUCAGAAUGGCAAACAAGAAAGAGGUCAUAUGCCUGGAACACGCUUCAGCAUGGAAGGGAUCUCAAAUGUCAUACAGAAUGGCUUCCGCCACACGUUUGGAAACUCAAGUGGAGAGAAACAGUACUUAACAACCGUCAUUCCUUAUGAGAAGAAAAAUGGACCCCCAUCUGUUGAAGAUCUUCAAACAUUAACCAAAAUUCUGCAUGCCAUGAAAGAGGAUAGCGAGAAAGUGCCAAGUUUGUUAACAGACUAUAUUUUAAAGGUUCUGUGUCCUACAUGAAGAGGGCUGCCUUUCAGAAUUAGCCAUGCUCCUUUCUGUGAUGAGAAGCUUUCCUUGAAUAUAACUCAUAGUAUUUUUUCAUUUUACACUAUACCUAAAGCAGUAUUCAUUUACCUCCUCUGUGUGUGUGGAUUUUCUGAUCCUACAGUAAGUUAUCAGGGCAUGACAACUCAUCCAGUUUAACUUAAUAGUGCAAUGAACUGGAGCAGGGAACAAGCAUUGUACAGUUUUACUUGCAUUGUUCUGACUUUUUAAAGUCUAUUUUUACAUUGUAUAGCAUGUAGUAAAUCCUCCUACACAUUUUGUUGUUGGAAGGAAGGGUAAACUUUGAAUAGUGUAAAUAAAAUAAGCCUCAUUUUAAGGAAUCCAUAUUUAAAAGAAUCCUUAGUUUCUAAACAAAGAUGGAAAAAUUAUCUUAGUCAGACUUGGAAUUUAAGAUUCAACUGAGUUCUCCAGGACACCCCAGAAAGGUGAUUGUGAAAGUCAGCAAUCAACACUGCUUUGUAAAUGGUAACUUUGAACAAUACAAAAGAUUUGUUCAUAGAUGAACAAAUCCAAUUUCUUGGUUUGACAUAAGUAAUUGUGUGUUACUUGUUUUUGGUAUUAAUACAAACGUCUGACUAAUGUAAUAUUUCAUGUUUGGUUUUAUAUUAAUUAACAGUGUUCAUGUGGCUUAGAUAUUCUCCCAUAUUGCUGCUGUAAUUUUACCAGUUUUGAAAGAUGUUUGGUCUUAAUCAAAAUGCUUCAAUAUAUAAACAUUUUAAAAGGCAGUAUCUUUUUUAAAAUACAUGUACAGUUUGAAAAACUUGCACCUGGCUUCCAAGUUAGUAUUAUAUUGAGAUGUUUGUUGUUGUGUAUCUCUGAAUUUUACUACAAAUAUCUCUUGUAAAUUGUGUGCACUGUCUCCUCUGCGAUGAUGCACCUGCAUUCAAACAGAUGAGAAUGUAUUUUACAAAUCCUGGAAAAGAAAUGUAUCCCAUAAUCUCAAUUUUAAAUACUUGUCAUUUUGCUGGUCUAAAAGAUGAGAUUGAAAUGCAAGACGUUUAAUUUAAUUUAACAAAAACAAAACAAAACACCAAAAAACCCCACUUUUUUCUAAGUUGAAUUCCUGUUGGUUCUUCAUCCAGAUGCAUAUACUGAAUAUAUAAAGGCAUUGGAGUAUGGGGUUCUAAAGAGAUAAACGUGUUUUCUUCAGUUUUUUCCAUCUAAAGUCUUCAGGGUUUUGUUAGUUAAAGAGAAAUUUGAUCCUGAAUACCUUGCAUCAUCUUUAAUGUUGAGCUUUAUUAUCACCACCAAAUACUUUAAUCAGUUAAAACAACAUGGUUUGAAGAUAGUUCUCAUGUUUUGGGUUUGUUUUUUUUUUUCUAAAGGCCUCAAUAUUUUUGUCUUUUGUGCCUUUUUCAGCUUAGAAUUUUUUUUCUCCUCCCUCUCCCCCACUUGACCACCAAUGGAUACUUGCCAGCCUGCUCAGGAAUAAAUAGAUCCUCUCCAUACGUGUGGCAUAUGUGAAGAAGUUUUUUUGUUGCUUUAUUUUAAUUCACUUGUGGUUUCUCUAAAAAGAAGGCAGCCAUUUAUUUCUGUAGCUGGUGUGUUAUAAAUUCAUUAUGGCAUGCUUUUUUUUGUAGAAAUUCUUGAUGUUGAUUGUUGAUGCUUGGAAAUGGGCAAAGGGGAUGACCCUGCUUUAUUUUAAAAAAGGUGCAUAUGUGAAACCCACCAUGUCUCUGUGUGAGAUUAUUCAGAGGUGCUUCAGUCUCCUAAUGAGUCUUGAAGUGACAAGAUGGAACAAAACAAAACAACUAAGAGAAGAGUAAAAAGGAAAAAAAGGCAACAACAAAAAAACUUCUGUCAAAGUUUGUUACUUGUAAAAAAUCUUGGUUGACUUAAAGUCACAAACUACUAAAAGUAAUGAAACUGGAAACAUCUUUUGUGGGCUAAGCAUCUGCUUGGGAAUUUCAUGCCUCUCAUCAGACUAAACAAGAUUUCAUUAUGAAAAGUACCUGUUUACCUUGUAUGCAUUAAACAGCAGCUGCCAAAUAUGGCAAGUAUUAUAUGUAUACCUAUAUAUGUACAUAAAAAAAACCCAGAUCUCAAAACAUUUGAAUAAAAAGAACCAUGCAA